UUACACAUUUUGAGCUGAACAGACUAACACAAAGAACUAUGGUACGUAGUCCAUAAGAAACCUAUUCACUAUGCAUGUCCGGCAAGAUAAACUACAAUACCCACAAUCCCAUCUGUCCCCGUGUGGUGUUACAAUAAUAUCGUUCUCCCUAUUGAGCAGAGCGCUACAGCAAGCAUGGGAUCCACGUCCAAGUGGAGUAAUUUACCCUCCGGUCCAAGUCUAAAGAACUUGACGGAACCGGGCUAUGGAGUCCCAAAGAAGGAACAGCAUCGUGCUGUGCAGGAGCUCACUAGAGCCCACACCGAAUCGUUUGAUCAGGCGAUCAGCGAUGGAUUAAGUAGAGCAAUGCAGGCUAUUUGUCCUCUGGAGUUCAUGUUUAAAAAUGAACGGAUCACCAUUGCCUUUGUGGAUGCUGUUAUCAGCCCCCCAAUGGUUCCGAAAGGAAGCAUCUGCAAAUACCUGCAAGUGUUCCCAGCGGAAUGUAGGGGGCGCAGGAGUUCCUACAGGGGGAAAAUAACAGCAGAUGUCAGCUGGUCAGUCAAUGGCAUUCCCAAAGGAAUUAUUAAGCAGUCUCUGGGCUUUGUGCCCAUCAUGGUGAAAUCCAAGCUGUGUAAUUUGUAUCGCCUUCCUCCCAAGGAUCUCAUUAAGCACCAUGAAGAAGCAGAGGAGAUGGGAGGUUAUUUCAUAGUGAAUGGAAUAGAAAAGAUUAUCCGAAUGCUGAUUAUGCCCAAGAGAAACUACCCUAUCGCAAUGGUGAGACCUAAGUGGAAGGGAAGAGGCCAGGGUUACACUGAAUAUGGUAUUUCGAUGCGCUGUGUGAGAGACGAGCACACAGCCAUUAACAUGAACCUGCAUUACCUUGACAAUGGGACAGUGAUGCUCAACUUCAUUUACCACAGGGAGCUCUUCUUCAUUCCUCUGGGCUUUGCCUUGAAGGCCUUGGCUGACGUCACAGAUUUCCAGAUCUCCCAGGAGUUGAUCAAAGGGAGAGAGGACAACUCCUUUUACAAGAGCUGCGUGUCGGAGAUGCUGCGCAUGGUGGUCGUUGAAGGAUGCACCACCAAGAAGCAGGUCCUGAACUACCUCGGGGAGAGAUUCCGGGUGAAGCUGUCCCUGCCAGAGUGGUACACCAACCAGCAGUGUGCAGACUUCCUGUUAGAACACUGCAUCUGUAUCCACCUGAAGUCUAAUAUAGAGAAGUUUUACCUGCUGUGCCUGAUGACUCGGAAGCUGUUCACCUUCGCUAAGGGAGAAUGUAUGGAGGAAAACCCAGACAGCUUGAUGUGCCAGGAGGUGCUCACACCUGGACAGCUUUACUUAAUGUUUCUGAAAGAAAAAAUGGAAACCUGGUUGCAGUCGCUGAAAAUCGCCCUGGACAAAAAGAUGCAGAAAUCGAACAUUACUAUCAAUGUGGAAAGUCUCAUGAAACUGUUCAACAUGGGACUGGAUGUGACCAGACCUUUUGAAUAUCUUUUAGCCACAGGAAAUCUGCGUUCAAAAACAGGGCUGGGAAUGCUACAGGACUCGGGUCUCUGUGUGGUGGCUGACAAGCUGAACUUCAUCCGCUACCUGUCUCAUUUCCGCUGCGUUCACCGGGGCGCCGCCUUCGCCAAGAUGAGGACAACGAUGGUGCGCAGGCUGCUGCCUGAGUCCUGGGGAUUCCUGUGCCCGGUCCAUACCCCCGAUGGGGAACCCUGCGGCCUCAUGAACCACAUGACCGCCACCUGUGAGAUUGUCUCCCAGUCCUUCCCCACCACCUCCCUCCCUGCCCUGCUCUGCUCGCUUGGUGUGACCCCAGUGGAUGGCAUGCCCAGCCAGCCCUACCAAGACUGCUAUCCUGUGGUGCUGGACGGAGCCAUGAUAGGCUGGGUGGAGAAGGAUCUUGCACCCUCUGUUGCUGAUUCUUUGCGCAAUUUUAAGGUAUUACAGCAGAAGAGGAUCCCUCCAUGGACGGAGAUUGUUCUCGUUCCACAGACAGGGAAGGCCAGCAUUUACCCUGCACUGCUUAUCUUUACCACACCCUGCCGAAUGGUACGGCCCGUCCGGAACCUGGCACUGGGCAAGGAAGAGCUCAUUGGAACCUUCGAACAGCUCUUCCUUGACGUUGGUAUAUUAGAAGAAGAAAUCGUGCCCGGGGUAAUAACUCACCAGGAGCUGUUCCCUCACAGCAUGCUCAGUGUGGUGGCAAGUUUCAUCCCCUACUCCGACCACAACCAGAGCCCAAGGAACAUGUACCAGUGUCAGAUGGGUAAACAAACAAUGGGUUUCCCACUGCACACGUACCAGGAACGUUCAGACAACAAGCUGUACCGCAUCCAAACACCACAGAGCCCCCUUGUACGGCCUUCCAUGUAUGACCACUAUAACAUGGACAACUACCCCAUCGGGACAAAUGCCAUAGUCGCUGUUAUCUCAUAUACCGGCUAUGAUAUGGAGGAUGCCAUGAUAGUGAACAAGGCUUCAUGGGAGAGGGGAUUUGCUCACGGGAGCGUGUACAAAACGGAGCUGAUAGACCUGGACGAGAAGAUCAAACAGGGAGACGACAGCCUGGUGUUCGGAAUCAAGCCUGGCGAUCCCAGGGUGCUGCAAAAACUGGAUGAAGAUGGACUGCCUCCCAUUGGAACAGUGCUGCAGUACGGAGAUCCCUUCUACAGCUACAUGAGCCUCAACACCGGGGAGAGCUUCGUUACCUUCUACAAGAGCAAAGAAAACUGCGUCGUGGACAACAUCAAAGUCUGUAGCAACGAUAGUGGCAUGGGCAAGUUUAAACGCAUCUGCAUCACCACCAGAAUUCCCCGGAACCCCACUAUCGGGGACAAGUUUGCCAGCCGCCAUGGGCAGAAGGGCAUCCUGAGCAGGCUGUGGCCCGCGGAGGAUAUGCCCUUCACGGAGAGCGGCAUGGUGCCUGACAUCCUUUUCAACCCCCACGGCUUCCCUUCCCGCAUGACCAUCGGCAUGCUGAUCGAGAGCAUGGCAGGGAAAUCAGCGGCCAUGCACGGGCUGUGCCACGACGCCACGCCCUUUACCUUCUCCGAGGACCACUCUGCUCUGGAGCACUUUGGGGAGAUGCUGAAGGCGGCCGGCUACAACUUCUACGGGACGGAGCGUCUGUACAGUGGGAUCAGCGGGCUGGAGCUGGAGGCUGACAUCUUUAUCGGAGUGGUUUACUACCAGCGGCUCAGGCACAUGGUGUCUGACAAGUUCCAGGUGCGGACCACUGGUGCCAGAGACAAGGUCACCAACCAGCCGGUGGGCGGCAGGAACAUUCAGGGAGGCGUCCGUUUUGGGGAGAUGGAGCGGGACGCCCUGCUGGCCCACGGGACCUCCUUCCUGCUGCAUGACCGGCUCUUUAACUGCUCGGACCGCUCGGUGGCCCACGUGUGUGUGGAGUGUGGCAGCCUGCUCUCCCCGCUGCUGGAGAAACCCCCGCCUUCCUGGUCGACCACCCGGCACCGGAAGAACAACUGCACCGUCUGCAAGAAAAGCGACUCUGUGGACGUGGUGUCCGUGCCCUACGUCUUCCGCUACUUCGUUGCCGAGCUGGCUGCCAUGAACAUUAAGGUCAAGCUUGACGUCAAAUAAACCAACGUACCUCUAAAAAUGAGCUUUGCAUUUGAAUCCCGGGGCUUAUUUUUAUUUUUGGUUUUGGAAUCUGUUCUUUUGAUAGCUCUGCUCAGUAUGGUGGAACUUGUUUACAUCAGGGUUUUAAAUGUAUACAAUUAGGAUUAUAAAUCCAGUUUUAGAUGCAGUCUUCAGUACUUGCCUUAAAGCUGGCAUUAAUUCUAGUUACAUUAUUACCUUGUUCCAUGCAUGGCAGAUUUGUAUUUUAUUAGAUCACCAACAAACUGGAAACAAAAAUAAAUCUUCAUUAAAGACGGGUGCUCUAAGUUUUAUGGCAGGGCAGGUUUGAGGCAGUUUGGUAUGGCUUGGAUUGCUGCUUCCUUAGGCCAUCCCAGAUCUGUGGAUAAAUAGAAGACUAUAUUACACAUAUUUGUUAUAAAUAUAUGCAUAGUAUAAGGCAGUGUGCAGGGCAUACAAUAUUGGCUAAUUGUAAAAGGUACAUUUUAUACAUCAUCAUAGUGCAGAAUUAGGUUAUGGAUUUGGGGUCUGCUACAACAACAUAUAUAUAUAUAUAUAUAUAUAUAUAUAUAUAUAUAUAUAUAUAUAUAUAUAUAUAUAUAUAUAUAUAUAUAUAUUUCUAAAGGGGUAAACUGAAACCAAGAGAUGCCUUUGUUAGUAAUUUUAGGAGAUAUAUAUAUAUAUAUACACACACACCAGUAAGAGAAUGAUUAUAAGAUGCUGUCUCUCUGUUGUCACGGAUAUGUAUUGGUUGCACAAGAUUGUUUUCAGACAUCUACAAGCUGACUGUAAAUAUAAAAAGUAUGGUGGGAAUGUAACCGUAAAAAAAAAAAGUAGUUUGCCCAUGUUUAUGUAAACAUCACAUUAAGUACAAGAACAUAUUAAAUACAAUAUUAGUCAAAA